GGGGGCGGAGCUGGGCCCGCAGGGGGCGGUGCGUUCCCAACGGUUCCCGCGGCGGUUCGAACGCUGAGCAAUCUGGGUUCUCGGUUUCUCUACCUGUUGUGUCUACUGGUUCCAGGCCCGGGGCCCGCGAGAGGGCCCGAGGCUUCGGAACGCAGACGAGAGCGCGGCGGGCGCUGUCGUCGGGUGGGUCCCUCUGCCAGCGACGACUCGGGUGGUGAGCGACUGCUUCUUGGAGGGUGGACUCAGGCCCGCCGGGGGAGUUGGUGGCCUUCCCUGCGGGCACCCUCGGUCGCACGCUGUCUAGUCCUUGCCUGCGCUGCGCGCGCGGCUCUGUGAGGAAGAUGUCCUAUGUGCCCUGUUCCUGCAGACGGACGUAGGAUCACUGCUGUCCAGCAGAGCGUUCUUGAUGCGGGAAUCCUGUCCGACUGCAGCCCGUCCUAUCACAUACAGGGGUAUGAAGAGCGCCUGUUCCUCGCUGCGGUGGGGGUGCUUGGGAACAGCAGCUCCAAGCACAGUGUUAUUAGAGCCAAGAGAUGACGUCAGGGCCGGGAUAAAUGAAGGCAAUUCCCUAUAUAAUAUUAUGCAGACGUUCAGAUAUAUUAUGCAGGUAGCUUGUGCUUUUCCGCAUGUACAGGCAAGGAAGGUAGAUUUUAGUGGCCGCUAAAGUGAGGGGGACUCUUGGUUUGACAAUAAAUGGCCACCAAGAAAAAGAAAAUGUUUGAAUAGCACUGUAUUGAUUGAUAAUUCAGGAGAAUUAGGGAAUUCUUAAAGUACACGGGAGACGUUGGGACAUAAAACCUAAUUUAGUUGAUCCAUGAUAAUGGAAUGGCAUUUUAAUUUCCCCACAUUUUAUUUACCCCUUUUUUUUCCCCUUCAUCGUCCUGUAGGAAGCUAGAGAUGUUGAAAAGGUAAAGCAGAAUGGGGACGGGCCUGAUACAUUGACGUUGGGGGCUUCUUAAUAAUUAAGCAGAGGCAAAUUUGUAGAAGCAAAAGGGGAAAAAGGAUUUUCUCUAAGAUCACAGAAUAGCUCAUUUAAUUUCCUAACAUAGUUUCUUUCAAUAAGAAAUAAAUGGAAUCUAAUACAUCAAACUACUAUAAGAAAGACAAUGAAGAAGAAAGUUUGCUUGCAAAUGUUGCUUCCUUAAGACAUGAACUAAAAAUAACAGAAUGGAGUUUGCAGAGUUUAGGGGAAGAGUUAUCCAGUGUUAGUCCAAGUGAAAAUUCCGAUUAUGCCUGUAAUCCCUCAAGGUCUGAAAGGCUGAUUCUGGAAGAACUUUCUCAGCCUAGCCAGCUUGGACUUUUGAAUUACUCACCUUAUAAAAAAAUUUAUAAAAUGCCCAGUAGCAGUACUGAUUUUCAAAAACAGCCAAGAGAUAAGAUAUCUUUUUCAUCUGCUAAUGCUAUGGAUCAGGAGAUGAAAAGUCUUCGAGAGAAACUUAAUAAACUUAGGCAACAGAAUGCCUGUUUGGUCUCACAGAAUCAUUCUUUAAUGACUAAGAUAGAAUCUGUCCACUUUGAAUUAACACAGUCAAGAGCAAAAGUCUCUAUGCUUGAAUCUGCUCAACAACAGGCAGCCAAUGUGCCAAUCUUAGAAGAACAAAUUAUAAAUUUGGAAGCAGAAGUUUCAGCCCAAGAUAAAGUUUUGAGAGAGGCAGAAGAUAAAUUAGAGCAGAGUCAGAAAAUGGUGAUUGAAAAGGAACAGAGUUUGCAGAAGUCCCAAGAGGAAUGUAUAAAGCUGAAGGUGGAUUUACUUGAACAAAGUAAACAAGGAAAGAGAGCUGAACGACAAAGGAAUGAAGCACUAUAUAAUGCUGAAGAGCUGAGUAAAGCUUUCCAACAUUAUAAAGAAAAAGUGGCUGAAAAGCUGGAAAAGGUUCAAGCUGAAGAAGAAAUAUUAGAGAAAAAUCUAAUUAACUGUGAAAAAGAAAAUAAAAGGCUACAGGAAAAGUGUGGUCUAUAUAAAAGUGACCUUGAAAUUCUAAAAGAGAAAUUAAGGCAGUUAAAAGAAGAAAAUAAUGACGGAAAAGAAAAAAUAAGAAUCAUGGCAGUGAAAAAUUCAGAAAUAAUGGCACAACUAUCUGAAUCUAGACAAACUAUUUUGAAGCUAGAGAGUGAGUUAGAGGACAAAGACGAAAUACUUCGAGAAAAAUUUUCUCUAAUAAAUGAAAACAGAGAAUUAAAGGUCCGUAUUGCAACACAGAAUGAGCGACUGGAUGUAUGUCAGCAAGAAAUAGAAAGUUCAAGAGUGGAACUGAGACAUUUGGAUAAAAUUAUGUCCCGAUUGCCAUUAAAAAGAGAAAUGCUUGGUUUUAAAUCAUCUCUUUCUAAGCAACAGAUGAGUAGUUUGUCAAACAAGGAAGACAACUACAUUGGCUGCUGUGAGACAAAUAAAAUGAUGAUUUCAGAAUUGAGGAUUAAGCUUGCAAUAAAAGAGGCAGAAAUUCAAAAGCUUCAGGCAAAUCUAACUGCAAAUCAGUUAUCUCAGAGUCUUAUUUCUCAGAAUGACAACAAAGAAAAUGGCAAAUUACAUAGUUUAGAAACAGAACCUGUAAAACUAGGAACUAGUCAAGUAGAAAGUAUAAAAGAUCAAAAUCAACAUACUGUGAGCAAGCAAUAUGAAAGAGAGAGGCAAAAACUUGCUUCUGGAAUAGAAGAACUCCGUACUAAGUUGAUGCAAAUAGAAGCUGAGAAUUCUGAUUUGAAAGUUAACAUGGCCCACAGAACUAGUCAGUUUCAGCUGAUUCAAGAAGAGCUGCUAGAGAAAGCUUCAAACUCUAGCAAACUUGAAAGUGAAAUGACAAAGAAAUGUUCUCAACUUUUAACUCUAGAGAAACAGCUGGAGGAAAAAAUAGUUGCUUAUUCCUCUAUUGCUGCAAAAAAUGCGGAACUUGAACAGGAGCUUAUGGAAAAGAAUGAAAAGAUAAGAAGUCUAGAAACCAAUAUCAACACAGAACAUGAGAAAAUUUGUUUAGCUUUUGAAAAGGCAAAGAAAAUUCAUCUUGAACAGCAUAAAGAAAUGGAAAAGCAGAUUGAAAGACUUGAAUCUCAACUAGAGAAAAAAGACCAGCAAUUUAAAGAGCAAGAAAAGACUAUGUCCAUGUUGCAGCAAGACAUAAUAUGCAAACAGCAUCAUCUUGAAUCACUAGACAGACUGUUGACAGAAAGCAAAAGGGAAAUGGAAAAGGAAAAUAUGAAGAAAGAUGAAGCUUUGAAAGCAUUACAGAACCAAGUAUCUGAAGAAACAAUCAAGGUCAGACAGUUAGAUUCAGCAUUGGAAAUUUGUAAGGAAGAACUUGCCUUGCAUUUGAAUCAAUUGGAAGGAAAUAAGGAAAAGUUUGAAAAACAGCUAAAGAAGAAAUCUGAAGAGGUAUACUGUUUACAGAAAGAGCUAAAGAUAAAAAAUCAUAGUCUUCAAGAGACCUCUGAGCAAAAUGCUAUUCUACAGCAUACUCUUCAGCAACAGCAGCAAAUGUUACAACAAGAGACAAUAAGAAAUGGAGAGCUGGAAGACAUUCAAACUAAACUUGAAAAACAGGUAUCAAAACUGGAACAAGAGCUUCAAAAACAAAGGGAAAAUUCCACUGAAAAGUUGAGAAAAAUGGAGGAGAAAUGUGAUGCAGCCACACAUGAAGCAGAUUUGAAAAGACAGAAAGUUAUCGAGCUUACUGGUACUGCAAGGCAAGUAAAACUUGAGAUGGAUCAGUACAAAGAAGAGCUGUCUACAAUGGAAAAAGAAAUAAUGCACCUAAAACGAGAUGGAGAAAAUAAAGCAAUGCAUCUCUCUCAGUUAGACAUGAUCUUAGAACAGACAAGGAUAGAACUAGAUAAGAAAACAAAUGCUGUGAAGGAGUUAGAAAAGUUACAGCACCACACUGAAACUGAACUAACAGAAACCUUGCAGAAACGGGAAGUACUAGAGACUGAACUGCAAAAUGCUCAUGGAGAAUUAAAAAGUACUUUAAGACAACUCCAGGAAUUGAGAGACGUGCUACAGAAGGCUCAAUUAUCAUUGGAGGAAAAAUACACCACUAUAAAGGAUCUCACAGCUGAACUUAGAGACUGCAAGAUGGAGAUUGAAGACAAAAAGCAGGAACUCCUUGAAAUGGAUCAGGCACUUAAGGAGAGAAAUUGGGAGCUAAAGCAAAGAGCAGCUCAAGUUACACAUUUGGAUAUGACUAUACGUGAGCACAGAGGAGAAAUGGAACAGAAAAUUAUUAAAUUAGAGGGUACACUAGAGAAAUCAGAAUUGGAACUUAAAGAAUGCAACAAACAGAUAGAAAGUUUGAAUGAAAAAUUGCAAAAUGCCAAAGAACAGCUCCGAGAAAAAGAAUUUAUAACGCUACAAAACGAACAGGAGAUCAAUCAACUGAAAAAAGAAACUGAACGAACACAACAAAAGAUGAAAGAAAUAGAAAGUGUUAUGAAAGAGCAGGAACAGUACAUUGCAACUCAAUAUAAGGAGACCAUAGAUUUGGAGCAAGAAUUGAGGCUAACCCGGGAACAGAUGCAAAACUCUCAUACAGAAUUGGUAGAUGCUCGUCACCAACAAAUCCAAGCACAGAGAGAAAUAGAAAAGCUCUCAACAGAACUGGAGGAAAUAAAACAACUCUCUAAAGAGAAGGAAGCUCAUGGAAACCAUUUAGCUGAAGAACUGGGGGCCUCUCAAGUACGUGAAGCUCAUUUAGAAGCAAGAAUGCAAGCAGAAGUCAAGAAAUUAUCAGCAGAACUAGAAUCUCUCAAAGAAGCUUACCAUCUGGAGAUGAUUUCACAUCAAGAGAACCAUGCAAAGUGGAAGAUUUCUGUUGACUCUCAGAAGACUUCUGUUCAGCAACUAAAUGAACAAUUAGAGAAGGCAAAAUUAGAAUUAGAAGAAGCUCAGGACACUGUAAGCAGUUUGCAUCAACAAGUCCAAGACCGGAAUGAAGUAAUUGAAGCUACAAAUGAAGCAUUACUUAUUAAAGAAUCAGAAUUAACCAGAUUACAAGCCAAAAUUUCUGGACAUGAAAGGUCAGAAGAUGUCAAGUUUCUACCAGCCUCCUUCACAUCUCCAAUAGGAAAUAUGCCUGGCAUUCAAGAUCCAAAAUUUACCAAACAUGCUCAAACAGCUUUUCUCAAGUGUAGAAAACUACGUCGCUCCAUUAGUGCCAGUGACCUUAGUUUCAAAACUUAUAGUGAUGAAGAUCUUUCUGCAGAAUUACUACAGGACUUAAAAAAAAUGCAAUUAGGACAACCUUCAACAUUAGAAGAAAGCCAGAAGGAUCUGACUUAUACCCAGUCUGACUCAUUUAAACCUCUCACAUAUGACCUAGAAGAUGACAGUUCUGAGAAUAAUGACUUCAGUACUCUUAGUGGAAUGCUAAGAUACAUAAACAAAGAAGUGAGACUAUUUAAAAAGUCUUCUAUGCAAACAGGUGCUGGCUUAACUCAGGGAGAAAAUUUAUAAUUAAAAGAAGAUGUUGAUGUGAUGAAAAAAUGUCAUUUAUGGUACAGUGCUGUGUUUCCUUAUUAUAUGUAGCUCAUACUUCAUAGAAGCUGUUAUUUUAUUCCUUUUGAAUAAAUUUUAUAUUUUAAUAUUUUUAAAGAAAAUUCUUUCUUCUAAAGCUUACUUAUAUUUUUUGUGAAAAUUCAUUCAUUAUUUUUGGUUUAAAUUUUCUGCUUUCUUUGUUUUUUAUGUAAAAACUAGAGGCCCGGUGCACGAAAUUCGUGCACAAGUAGGGUCCCUACACCUGGCCGGCAAUCAGGACUGAUCUGUGGGGUGACUGGCAGGGCGAUUGGGGGGCCUCCACUGGCACCCACCUUGGCUGGCCUGGGGCCUGCGGGCUGGGGGAAGCUCCUGUGUUGAGUGUCUGCCCCCUGGUGGUUAGUGCGCAUCAUAGCAACUGGUUGUUCCACCGGUCAUCCUACCAUUCGGUCAAUUUGCAUAUUAGGCUUUUAUUAUAUAGGAUUAUUGUUAAAAUGCACAAGUACAUUGAGUCAUUUAUAUUUUUUUAAUCAAACUACCUUAGUAUUGUUUAUUUUUCUGGUAAUGUGUUAUUUUUAAAAUGAAUAUUACAAAUUUAAAAGUCAUUCUACCACAGGUUCGUAAUUGUGUUAAUAAUGGCAGGCUUCUGUUGAGUAUUUGUCAUUUUUCAGGAACUAUUCUAGCAGUUUAUAUUUGUUAACUCAUUUAAUCCAUAUGAUAAUGACAUGAAGUAGAUACUAUUAUUAUUCCUGUUUUACAGGUGGAAUUAUUUAACAUAAUGACACAAGUAUGUGUUACAAAGAAAUUGAUAUGUUCUAAGCAUAUCAGUUGGGUUAGUGACUCCAUUUACACAAGUUAACUUUAUGGUAGAAUAAAAAUAAUGCAGCAAAAUUAGGAUGACAUUUAAACAUUUGAAUUUACAAAUCUCUCAAGAGUUCAGAUUUGAUGUCUUUAGACAAAAUUAUUAAUUCAUAAGUAAAUAUAAGUGAUCCUUAGAAAAUAAUACAGAAUUAAUCUUUUCUAAUAGUUAAUCAUUAAAGUUGUUAAUAUGUUGCCAGUGCCAUUUGAACAACACUAAUGCAGAAUUUGGAAUUAUUUGUCAGGUGUGAAAUAAAGUUUAUCUUUUUACUGCUA